AUGGAGUGUUCGGCAACUUGUGGACCAGGUUGGAGGCGCAGAACUCUGUCUUGUGGUACUCGGUAUUGCGAGGAAAAAUUGAAGCCAAAAGUUUAUGAACAAUGUAAUCUUCGCGACUGUGCAGUACCAAGUUUUCGUAAUACAUGGAAAACAUCUGGAUGGUCUCGGUGUACUGUAACUUGCGGUGGCGGUACGCAACGGCGGGAUGUAUGGUGCGAAGACGGGAGGAGUAAAAGCAGAAUUUCUGACACUGAAUGUACAAAGUUUGGGAAACCAGAACCGGUAAGAAAAUGUGCAUCGAUAUCAUGCACAAAUGGAUCUGCUUUACGGUAUCGUUGGGAAUCUGGCCAGUGGACAUCGUCGGUACGUUCUCCUACAGUUGAAAGAGAUCAAGCCCAUUAUCACAUCAAAAAACGCAGGCGAUACAGGGCGUAA